GGAGGAGGAGGAGGAGGAGGAGGAGAAGUAAGGCUGGAAGGAACAGACUGAAACACAGAGAUAGAGAAGAGAAAGAGAGAGAGAGAGAGAGAGACUAGGACCAACCUCUGACUGCUUACCUCUCGCCUCUGCCUGGCUGACUGUGUGAGAGACUGGAAGCAGCCGACAAGUGAUGCCUCGCAGUCUCCGGAGCGGCACAUAGUCAGGACUUUCUUCAUCAUUUUCCUCUCUCUGUUUCAAAUAUGAGGAGGGACCGUCUCUUCUUAGCCGCGACCCUCACAGCCAUCUUCUCCGCUGACCUCUACUUUAUCCUCCUACCAAAGCUGAGGAGCUUGGGGCAAGGACUGGGACACUUUUGCUCAUGUGGUCCCAACAACCUCACCCUUCCCAGGCACGGGGGUCUUGCCACCCCCCGGCUCUCCAACUGGACUUCUCUGCCACCCCUGGAUGGCACCACGUCCGAACCCGCGGAUGGGGGCUCGAAGCUAGGGAGGCUGUUUGCUCACCCUCUGUACAACAUCCAGACUCCGCCGCUGGGGCCGGAGGAGAGGCUGCUGCAUGCGGAGCAGCUGAUGGAGUAUUACAGGAGGAAGGUGUCACGCUGGGAAAGACACAUGAAACUCUACAGCGAGGCAGCGGCUGCGUCCAACAUCACCGUGACUGAACACGAAGUGACCUUUGACCCAGACGCCAGCUGGGUGAAGUUCCACCUGGGAAUAAGCCGCUAUACUCUGUACUCCCGUGAUGACCCUGCUAUCCCGCAGCUCCUCAAGGAGAUGCAAAGCAUGUCGGUCGUCAGCGCAGAUUACACUCAAGAUGAGAAGGCCCUAAAAGGAGCGUGCGAUUGUACCCAAGUUGUGAAGCCCAGUGGACAUCACCUGAAACUGGCUCUGAAGAUGCAGAACUUUGCUAAAGCCAUGUUCAAACCAAUGAGGCAGCAGAGGGACGAGGAGACUCCAGAAGACUUCUUCUACUUUGUAGAUUUCCAGAGACACAAUGCAGAGAUUGCUGCCUUUCACCUGGACAGGGUCCUGGACUUCCGGAGGGUCCCGCCGGUGGCUGGCAGGCUGGUGAACAUCACAGGAGAAGUCCUCCAAGUCACCCACAACGAAGACCUACGAGCGGUCUUCUUCACCUCGCCAGCGAACAACACGUGUUUCUUUGCCAAGUGCCUGUAUGUGUGCAAGACGGAGUACGCGGUGUGCGGGAGCCCCGACCUGCUGGAGGGCUCCCUGUCUGCCUACCUGCCCGGCCUCAGCAUCGCCCCCCGCAUCUCCAUCCCCAACCCCUGGAUACGCUCCUACACCUUCACCGGACGAGAAGAGUGGGAAGUGAAUCCCUUCUUCUGUGACACCAUAAAGCAGCUGUAUCCCUAUAACUCAGGCAACAGGCUCCUCAACAUCAUAGACAUGUCCAUCUUCGACUUCCUCAUAAGCAACAUGGACAGGCACCACUAUGAGAUUUUCACCAAAUUUGGGGACGAAGGAUUCCUUCUUCACUUGGACAAUGCCAGAGGGUUUGGGAAGCACUCUCAAGAUGAAAUGUCCAUUCUGGCUCCACUGUCUCAGUGCUGCAUGAUAAAGCGCUCCACUCUGUUGCGGCUCCAGCUCCUGGCCCGACCGGAGUACAGGCUCAGUGACGUGAUGAGGGAGUCCCUGGAGGGAGACCCUUUACAGCCGAUCCUCACGGAGCCCCACCUCUUAGCGCUGGACCGCAGGUUACAGAAGGUCCUCCGGGUGGUCCAGCGGUGUGUCCGGAGGCUGGGCGAGGACGAGGUGAUCACAAAGGACUUUGUCAAAUCCACAGCGAAACCUCAGACUGCCACAGAAAUAAAAAAGGACAGGUAACAGAGGAUGAAAGGCUCAUAACUGCUCUGUGUGCCGCAGAACACUUCAUGAUGAAGCGCAGCCACCUUGUAAGCAAACAAGGCUCAGAUGGUUUCGAUUUAAGGAACAAGCCAUUAAUGGAAGAUGCUGUCUUGUCAAGAGAGGGAAGUAAGCUCUUUAUGGAGGUUCAGAACUUGAAUCGCUGCAGGCCUGAAAUUCCUGACAGAGGAGGCCAUACCUUUUUUCCCUUUUGUUUCUUUCAUGGUCAUAAAUUCCCCCAAGGGUGCAUUUCAUGACACGGCUCUCCCUUUUCAUGUGCACCUACACCAACAGGGCGGUUUUGGGGUUAAAACAUUUAAAUUAAGACCUUUUAAGGAACAAUUAAAGACCACUUUGACACUGAAAACUAGCUGGGAGAGUAAGAACAAAGCAGUAUCUGUGACUAUUUCACUGAUACGUGAAUCCAUAGUAAGAGAGAGCUGUGAUGCACUGGAUCAGUUGUUUAUCAAAUUAAUGCUGGUGAAUAUUGUGAUUAUGGAAAGAAAGAUGUGUGUCCAUGUGAUGUUUAAUUAUAAAAUAAAGUUAUUUUAUGUGAUGGCA